AUGGAAAAACUACCGUUCAGAAGACAUGCCAACUCUGCCGCGCGCGCGCUCGUUGUGAAAAAUUCUCCGGACAACGAAAUCGCAAAGUCCAAUUGCGUGGCCGUGUCUCCCCAGGACUUCCAAGAUGGGUCUUACGUGGUCUGUGACGGCAAAUUUGUUUUUACCUGUGUUGCGACCACGAAGGCAAUGCCUGGAACAAUUGGAAUGAGCGGUAACCAGCGGUUCUGGGGAUCCUGGUCGACAGAUCAGUCGAUCAACGUGGCCAACUACGACCUGUUCCACGCCAAUGGUAAGAAAGGUGCUUAUCUCGGCACGCUCAACGUCGAGAUCAACUUUUGGAACAAAAACCGCGCAAACAACGUCCAAUACGAUCCAGAUGAGAUGUGUGAAUCGUUUGUGCACAAGUUCGACAGCCAGAUCCUACAACCAACACAAAUCCUCCUGUUUGAGUUCAAGGGCAACUAUUUCGAGGUGAGAGUUCUUUCUUCCCAGGUGAUCGAUCUUGGAGAGGUCCAACUGGAAGACGUGCCAACUUCCCCGGAUAUUAUGAACAAGGGAAUCUGUGUGAAACAUACCAAGGUGAAUUUCUUCAAAGGAUCAGACGGAUUGGUCAACUUAAAGGCUUCCAGCACUCGUCCAAACUCGGACGCAAUUAUCCGUCCGGAUUUCAGAUUCGAGGACAUGGGAAUCGGUGGUCUGGACAAAGAGUUCACCUCGAUCUUUAGAAGAGCCUUUGCUUCUCGUAUUUUUCCACCAGGGCUUAUUGAGAAGCUUGGUAUUCAGCACGUGAAAGGUAUGUUGCUUUACGGACCUCCAGGAACCGGUAAAACAUUGAUCGCCCGUCAAAUCGGUAAGAUGUUGAACGCUAAAGAGCCAAAGAUUGUCAAUGGUCCAGAGAUCCUGUCGAAGUACGUUGGUUCUUCUGAAGAAAACAUUAGAAACCUGUUCAAAGACGCCGAAGCAGAAUACAAACAAAAGGGUGACAGCUCUUCGUUGCACAUCAUUAUCUUUGACGAGCUGGACUCCGUGUUCAAGCAGCGUGGAUCGCGUGGCGACGGAACAGGUGUGGCCGACAACGUUGUUAACCAGCUGUUGGCCAAGAUGGACGGUGUGGAUCAACUCAACAAUAUCUUGGUGAUCGGUAUGACCAAUAGAAAAGACCUGAUUGACGACGCCUUGUUGAGACCUGGUAGAUUUGAGGUGCAGGUGGAGAUUCACUUGCCUGAUGCAGACGGUAGAAAACAGAUUUUAGAGAUCAAGACCAAGAAAAUGAAGGAGAACGGGUCGUUGGGCAAAGACGUUGAUUUGACCAAGCUUGCUGAGCUCACCAAGAACUUUUCUGGUGCCGAGCUGGAAGGUUUGAUCAAGUCUGCCACCUCGUUUGCUUUGAACCAGCACAUCAAGGUUGGCACUGUUGGAGAGAUAACAGGAGAUCUAGAGAACACCGUUUUGGACAUGAACUGUUUCUUGAGUGCUCUUGACGAAGUGAAACCUGCGUUUGGUGUUCACGAGGAAGACCUCCACGAUUGUAUCAAGGGCGGUAUUCUGAAGUACUCGCCAAAGAUUGACCAUAUUAUGGAGCGUGUUCGUCGUGCUUUGGAGCAGACACAGAGCUCGGAGAAGUUUAAUUUCUCAUCUCUGUUGCUGUAUGGACCAGCAGGCUCGGGAAAAACUGCUCUUGCGGCCUAUUUGGGCUUGGAGUCCAAGUUCCCGUUCAUUCGAAUCAUCACCGCUGACGAGAUGAUCGGGAUGUCUGAAUCUGCCAAAGUGCAGUUCAUCGACAACACUUUCAGAGACGCAUACAAAUCGCCGCUUAACGUUCUUAUAGUGGACGACAUCGAGGCGCUGAUCGACUUUGUUCCUAUCGGGCCUCGUUUCUCGCCAGUCAUCUUGAGAGCGUUGAUGUCGAGACUCAAAAAGUCUCCACCAGACGGACACAGACUGAUUGUCCUGGCCACGUCGUCGAACUACGAGCUGCUCAAGAGUUUGGACAUUCUCAACUGUUUCAACGACGAGAUUCUCAUCAACAACCUGACUUCGUUGCAAGAACUGUACGGAGUGAUGGAACUGGCUCCGUUUGGACGCGACUCGAGCGAAAGAAAAGAAAUCAUCAGCAAACUGAAAGCAGCGUACGGAUCCGAGAAAAUCAACGUGUCCAUCAAAAAGGUGCUCUUCAACAUCGACACGGCCAAGUUCGGCAAGAACCCAGCAGACGAGUUUGUCCAGCUCAUGGUGGAAGGCCAUCAUUAG